GCUAAAUACUUACCUGCCUCGAACACGGUUGCGGUGACGAAAUGUGUCGAUGAUGGACUUUGGCAAACAUUUAUGUUAUUGAAAUGGCAGGGAAUUUACUUAUCUUUACGAUAACGUUACAAAAGCUAGCAUGAAUAUAGCCAUAACAUACGAGCAGAUCAUUGAAAUUGCACGCAAGUGAAAAAUCGCGCAAUUUCCUGACCGCUCCUGUUCCUCCUGACCUGCCAGGUUUUCAUUCCCGUUAUAGGCAAAAUAGAACAGGUAGUGCUAAAUGGGAGUGAGUAUGUUUCCUGUGAAGAAGAAUAUGACAAGCAAAAUUCUACAGUCUCGAGUUGAACUACAUGUACACUUAGAUGGCUCACUGCGCCAUGAAACAAUAUGGGAACUCGCUAAGGUGAAGGGGCUACAUCUACCAGGAAAUGGCACAUUUCAAGACCUUCAGAAGGCAAUGAUUGUCAGGCAACCCAAAGAUCUACAUCAAUUUCUUCAACCAUUCCUCAUUUCAACGCCUUGCAUAGCUGGAGAUCUCUCUGCAAUUGAACGCAUAGCAUACGAGUUCUGUGAGGACAAGGCAAGAAAUGGAGUCAUGUACGUGGAAGCACGUUAUAGCCCGCACUUCCUUCUGGCUGAAGGUGGUCCCUCUGAUAUUGAAGCUUUAAGUGAAGUUGUUAAAGCAGUAAAUCGCGGCUUUGCUCGAGGUAAAGCAGCAUUCCACAUCAAGAUUCAAAGUAUCUUGUGCACACUUGUUGGAACAAACAAGGCCCUGGAAGUGUUGCAACUUUGUGAAAACUUUAGAAAUGAUGGAGUGGUUGCCAUUGACAUGGCAGCCCCUCAUACCACUGACACCACCAAACAUAGUGAAGUGCCAGAUGCAGGAAUAGAGGUUGAAGCAUUCAAAAAGGCAGCUACAUUGGGAAUCCACCGUACUGUACAUGCUGGAGAAUCAGGUUCAGCUGAGAUGGUGAAGCGUGCAAUAGAAAUAUAUAAAGCAGAGAGAAUAGGACAUGGUUACCAUGUUCUGGAAGAUGAUGAAGUGUAUCAAACAAUUCUUCAGGAUCAUAUUCAUCUUGAGAACUGCCCAUGGUCCAGUUAUCUCACUGGCAGUGUUCCACUUUCCACUCCUAAACACCCAGUUGUCCAGUUUGCAGAAGAUGGAGCCAACUUUUCUAUCAGUACAGAUGAUCCAAUGGUCACUGGUAAGGAGCUUCAGGGUGACUAUGACCUUGCAAACAACUGCUGGGGGCUAACUGAAGCCCACUUUCUCAGAGCUAAUAUGAAUGCUGCCCGAUCCUGUUUUCUACCAAAAGCAGAGAAACAAGAGCUAAUUGGUGAACUCAUGAAAGUGUAUGGAUUGGAUGAAGAGGGCACUUCCCAUUGAAUGAAGCCUGAUGAACUGCAGAUGGAAGGAUGCUGAACACUAGUAAUGUGUUCUUAAAGGGAUGUAUGAUGUUGUGUAUUUUUAGUACUAUAGAUGAGUUUUGUUUUUCCUGUCAAACACAAUAUACCAAACAACAUGCUCACAUUUCACCGUGCAUAACCGAGUUUAUUGGUUUGUUAAUGUAUCACCUGAUGAUGGAUACAUAUAUGAGGCAUAAUUCAGUAGUAAAGGUUUGUUAAUGUCUCACCUGAUGAUGGAUCCACAUAUGAGGAAUAAUUCAAUAGUAAACAGUUUGUUAAUGUAUCACCUGAUGAUGGUUCCAUAAGCCGAAACAUGUCGCAACACUAUAUGGCCAAUAAACUCAUAUAUGCUAGUAAUAUUAAUCAACCAAUAGCAUUAGGUGCUACUAUAAAUGAAUUGGGUUAGUUUUGAAAAGGAGAAUAUCCAAUGGCUAUAAUACAGACAUGUUACCAAGUAUUUUCUAAAUGAGUUGGAUCCAUUCUUGUUGAUAUUUUGGGUGGCAACACAACAUUUGCACAAAGUCCUCCCCUCCCAAAUGGUAUCAUCUUCAAAGUCAUAAGAUGAAACCAGAGAGCGGGGGAAGCAGGGAACAUAAAGCAUGUUCUAAAAGUUAUUAUGUGUUGCCCUCUACAACAUGAGUGAAAGCUGCCUUUCUUCAUGCAGGUUCUUCUUAAAAUAACCUGUACUAAAAGUACAAUUUUAUUAUGAAUACACAAUCCAAUUGACAAAAAGUCACCAAAGAUGCCCAGGAACUUAACCAAAAUCAUGAAAUCGCUUUUUUUAUUAUGGGAGUCUUCUUAAUAUAUAAUCAUAUCAAUCAGCAUAUAUAUUCCCCCCAUCAUGCAGUCUUGUUAAAUCUUAUGAACAUAUAUUCCCCUUCACCAAAAAAAAAGAGUUGCUUACUGAGACAAGUUUUAUGUUAAGCAAUGUUUCCACCACCUAACUCUCGUGUGUGCUUGCAUGUUUGGGGAGGAGGCAAUCUUGACACUUGUAGACACUAAUUUAUGGCUGAUUUUUAGAUUUGAAACAGAAACGAUUUUUAAAGAUUUUUUAAGGUCACAUAAUUGUCAAACUUUUUAAAAAGAUGGUGGAACAGAAACUGCAAAUUUUUAUUUUUCUUUAUCUUUCUACCCUGUAGUUGGCAUAACAGAAAAUAAGACAACAUCGACAUUAACUAUGAAUAGGGCAGCUGCAAUAUUUUCUGAAACAGAAAACCAUCAACAUUCUAUGCGGUGUAUCCCCAAAAUCCAGUCAUACAUAAGGUGAAAAUAGCUGACCAUAGGUACUGCCAGCAUACUAAUGCCACUUUUACAAAGUAAUAGAAACUGAAUGGGUGACAAUAUUUUUCAAGCUCUGAUUAUUAAUAUGAAACUGUGAAAUUUAUAGAACUUAAGAAACUGUACUUACAAUUUAGGGCAUGACAUAGAAGUUACGACAUGUGAUUGCAGAUGUGUAAAAUGUUACUCAGAUUUAUAUAUUUUUAUACUUGUCUUGAAUAUACAUUUUUAUACAUAAAAGCUAAUAAUAAUGUUGUACAGGACUUAAAAAAUCGAACAUACUACAGACAGAAACGUCAUAGGAACCUGACUACCUACAAGCUCUUUCUUCAUGAACAAUUGCCUGUUAAUUCCCAUAUUCACUGCCAAUAUUACAACUGACUCUCAGGAGACAUCUGUUCUAUUCUUUACUGUCACUGACACCAUGCGGUGAUCAUUUUAUGCAUUACAAUGCAUAUGAUUUCCUAGCAAUUAAAUGGCUGUGGAUGUGAUUGUUUAUGUAUUAAUAAUGAACUGUGUACGCUUGUACAGCAAUCAGACCAAAGGAGAUAAGAGUGAGGAAAGAUACUUUGUGAUGGAAGCAAUACUGUGAUACAAGGCCCACAUUUCUUUUAGUCAGGGUACUGCAGUAUAUUUUUUUAACCAACAGCUACAAAUUUUCAUACUAUUAUAUAGAAAAUUUAGAUGUGUAAAUGAAUUCAAGGCAGUCUAGUAAAUGUAAAAUGAUUGGAUACCUUAUUUUAUUAUAUUAUACAUAUAUUGUUUUAAUUAUGUUUCUUAUUAAAUGUACAUGAUAAUAGAUGUUUUUAAUUAUGUCCCUUACAGUAAAGCUCAAGUUAUGAGAAUGUAGUACCAAAGGAUUCAUGUUCAUUAGAUGCAUUCUGACUUGCUGUAACAGUAUGUUUCUGAAAUACACUGUGUAUGUGAAAUAUACAAGACAAAUACCUAAUCAAAAUAUGCAGAAUGUUUUCCACUAGCCAGAACUAAUGAUGUAACAAUAUACCUAAUCUGACCUGCCAUCAGCUUGAUUUUCUUCUGUAUACUGCACUGAUUUAUAACAAACUUUCACUUGUUAGAGUGCAUAUUUUUUAGUUGCGCACAUCUAUUGUACCUUCUACAUGAAAUAAAAAUGUUGAUUUCUCA